AUGGUACAACUUUUUUAUUAUGAAAAUCGUGGAAUACCUUGUAGUCAUUUAUUACGUAAUGGUAUGAAAAAAAUUAUAGUUCAAUUGGAAGCAUGUGAAAAUUGGCCGUAUCCAAGUUCUGAAUCAAAAUGGUUAUUAAUAUUUAAUCGAUUUCUAAGAAAUUGGUGUAAAGUCAUUCAAAUGACUAGUGGAGGAACAAAAAGAUAUGAAACUAUUGGACAUGUUACAUUUACUAAAUUAGAAGGUUCAAUGUUUAUCACUGGGAAAUUUAAACAAGAUUCAGCUGGUAAACAACAAAAGAUGCCACAUUUUUGUUUAUUUUUAACUACAAAUAUAAUAGAUGCUGAUUUUUAUCGUGGUUAUUUAUUAACUGGAAUGGUGGAAAGAGGUAAUCGAAAAUUGGGCAUUUGGGAAUCAACACAUUAUGCUUAUGUUAAACGUGAAGGUUACUAAAGAUCAAUAUGUCUGAUUGUUCAUAUUCUCAUUGUAAAUCUUUUGUUCUUUUUUUUUUACCUAAACUCAUUGUACAUGAAUUUAUUUCACAUUGUCUAUUAGUGAAAAUAAACGAAACUUACUAAAUUUUUAUGUAUUUUACAUAAGACUAGUCUAAAA